GACUCCCAUUGAUUACGUACUAUUAAGAACACGCAUUCUAGAAAAUCUGUAGAGAAAGUUGGGCUGUGCCACUGCGCUGACUUAUUUAAAGGCAACGACAGCAAUUGGCAAAUCAUCUUACUACACGAUAAUCCCCACUCGAGUUCACAGCAAGUCUGAUUGAUAUACCUUAAUAGCACUUAAACUUUGCUGUAUAAUGGCCUCUACCUUUUCUGUCCAGGCGCACAGGUCCUCAGAUGACAGUUUUCCAACAGAAAGGCUCUCCCGCAGGCACACUGCCACCGACGAGCGGCUGCCGCCAGAGCCAAGGCCUCAUGCCAAUCUGGGUCGUAGAAAAAGCACGAGUGACAUCAAACUUCAUUCAAUGGACUUUUUUCCCACUUUACUAAGAGCUGCAACGUUAAUGGUCACCCCGGAAAAGAAAAUCUCAAAGCCCCCAAGUACCUGGAGGAGCAUUCGUUCCAUCAUUUUUUCAUCAUGGUUCAAUGUCCUCCUGGUGUUUAUUCCCAUAUCUUGGGCAGUUAACUUUGCUCUCCCUGAUCAACAUAGUUUAAUUUUUGUCUUAACGUUCCUUGCUAUAAUACCAUUGGCUAAGCUCCUGGCGUACGCCACGGAUGAACUUUCCAUAAGGGUGGGCCAAACUUUGGCAGGUCUUCUUAAUGCUACACUGGGAAAUGCCGUCGAAAUGAUCGUUUCUAUUAUUGCCCUCACAAAAUGUGAACUCACAAUCGUCCAGUCUUCCUUGGUGGGAUCUAUUUUAAGCAAUCUUCUCCUGGUACUGGGAAUGUGUUUCUUUGCCGGGGGCAUGCGCUUUUCAGAACAGGGUUUCGGACAAAGUGCUGUGCAGCUGAAUUCCUCACUGCUUACCAUUAGCGUCAUUGCUGUUUUGCUGCCUGGCGCUUUCCAGAUGGCAUUGCAAGGCCAGCCUUCAUAUAACGAAGCGUCGACAGAUGACAAGAUACUAAAGACCAGUCAUGGUGUUGCCCUCAUCCUCCUUUUCAUUUACGGUUCAUAUCUGGUGUUCCAACUGUUUUCACACAAAGCCCUCUAUAACGACAAUAACCCGGACAUACAACAGACAAAAGGCUACGACGGCCAGAAUCCAUGGCUCCAGUUGAGACUCCGCCGCCGUAAAAAUGCUAAGCAUGUACAAGCCCCUCUACCGGUGGCUGACGAGGAAGUUGCAUCCGAUGUCACUGUGCCUCCUGAAGGUGCUGACUCAGACCACGGGUCUGCGUCCACGGAGGACUCUGAGAUAGAAGCAUAUAUGAGCAUCCCUGUGUGCCUCGGGCUUCUGGUCUCUGUAACUGUGUUGGUAGCUGUUACCGCAGAAUUCCUUGUCGAUUCGAUUAGCGGUUUGACUGCAACCGGGGCCAUCGGUCAAGAAUUUGUUGCCUUGAUCUUACUUCCCAUAGUUGGUAACGCAGCGGAACAUGUUACUGCUGUCACAGUGUCCGUCAAGGACAAGCUAACCCUGAGCUUGGGUGUUGCUGUUGGAUCAAGUAUCCAAAUUGCACUCUUCGUUAUACCGUUCAUGGUGACGCUCGCUUGGAUUAUGGGCAAACGAUUGACACUCCUCUUCGACCCGCUGGAGUCAAUCGUGCUGUUGUUAUCUGUCAUCACUGUGAACUACACUGUACAGGACGGCAAAUCAAAUUGGUUAGAAGGCAUGAUUCUCAUGUGUUUGUACUUGAUAGUGGCUGUCACGUUCUGGUUUUACCCUGGUGCGUUGCGGACUGAAAUGUUUGUAAUUUAUCGAGGUGCUGAGUUCUUCCUUAGGCACCACAGGCAUCUACGCGUGUUAGAAGGGACAGUGGGCCGGACAGUGGGCUAGCUAUUCUCCCGGAUAUGGGUUACGAUCAUGAAUACAUACUCGGCUUUCAGAAGUCAAUCCUCGGCUAAUGACCAGCACAACCGUACCACUCCUUUCAAACUCUUUUCAGUACAUUCCUUGGGCCUACCACAAGACAUAAGUUUAAAACCAACAGGCGUUAAUGGACACCACCUAUCUCCCGCUCCGGAUCUCGAUAUCUAUUUUCUCUGACCACUAGACGCUAUGCCAUUGUUUUCACAUGUAUCAUUCGUUCUUCUCUCCACUGUGCUGAAGUGUACUUGUGCCCUGCUGCAAGACUCGGUCUAGUCUAGUCUGAACAGGAGUUGGUCGAAAGUACUACGUCUACUUUGCCGGUGCAUGUACGAUAUCGAAGACUUAGUAGGUUCUGGCUAGCAUGGUAUAUAUACCCGUUUUUCAACCAUUGUAUUGAUAGUAGCAAUCCAGGAAAUACAAUAUUAGCACAAUACCUUGU